AUGUUUCUAAGAUUAGCAACUAAUUUCAUUAGACAACCUCUAAUAUUGAAACAAAUUUCAAAAUCAUUAACAUUUCUUCCGACUACAGCUAUACUUAAUAAUCAUAAAUUGUUGAUUUACAAUCUAUCUUUAUUAAGAACAGAAUUCUUACAAAUUGAAGAAUAGAAUGAUGAUGAUGACUUACUGAAAUUACUAUCUAUGAAUAAAAUAGAUAGGAAGAAGUUUCAGUACGUAGGAAAAACUCAAACUAACUGA